GCCUAUCAAAAUUUCACAUAUGCAUCAAUUAAUGUGGAUGGAUUACGCAUACUUAUCGUCUAAACUCAUAAGCUGUCGGUUUUGUCUAUCAUGAUGAGCUGGAAAAUUAAUAAUAACAUGUUCAUAUCACAGAAUAUAUUUUCAUAACUAUAAAUAUGUCAUUCAAAAAGAAUACAACAAUUUAUAAUCCUGAUGAUAAGUUAACAAUGAUGAAUGAACAACCCUGUGGGGAGUUAAGAGAGAGAACAACCUCACAAAACUAUAAACAGCAACAACAACAACAAAGCAUUUUACACAGUACAUAUGAAGUGAUACAUGAUGAUGGUGAUAAAUUGAGUCAACAAUUACGAAAUGAUGAUAUAGAAAUAAUUAGUCCUGAAACACAUCCUGAAUAUUUUGUCCCUGUAGCACCAGAUGGUGGUUGGUCAUGGAUUGUUUUAUUUGCAACAUUUUUUAAUUAUUUUACAAUUGAUGGAAUAUUCUUUUCUGUUGGUCUUUUAAUGGUUGAAUGGACUGAUCAUUUUGGUGCUUCAAAAACUAAAGUUUCUUUAAUUAGUUCAUUAAUGUUAGGAUGUUAUCAAAUGAUUGGACCUAUAGCUGCAGCAUUGACAAAUAAAUUUGGUUGUCGACCUGUGGCUCUGUUUGGAUCUUGCUUGGCAUCCGUAUCGAUCUUUGUUAGUGCUUUAAUGCCUAAUGUGGAAAUGUUAACUGUAACUUUUGGAAUAAUAGCUGGUAGUGCAUUUGGAUUGGUGUAUUUACCAUCGUUAAUUGCUGUUAGCUUUUACUUUAAUAAAAAACGUGAAAUCGCCAAUGGAAUAGCUGUGACAGGAACACCAUUGGGUGCUGUAAUAUUUGCACCUUUAGCAAGUUUCUUAAUUAAUCGUUAUGGUUGGUCGUGUACAUUAAUAUUACUCUCUGCAUUUAUGCUACAUGGUAUUUGCUUUUCAUGCCUUUAUCGUCCAUUGAAACCAAAAAGCAAAUUAGAAUCAUUAGAUUUAUCAAAAGAGACAGAUGAGACAACUGUUGGUCUAAUAGAAGAAAUUCAAAGUAAUCUGAUAGCUUCAAAUGCUUUUAUCAGGUCAAAUGUAUUUUUUAAUUCAACUAAUAGAAUUAGUCAAACUUUAUAUGAAGUAGAAGAAACAAAUGAAGAUGAACAACACCAACACCGUCAACAACAACAGAGAAGUUUAAAUAAACAACCUUGUAAAACUAAUGAAAUGAUGAAAGAGUAUGAUGUUAAAAUCAACCAGUCGGAUGAACAUAAAAAUGAAAAUGGCGAUGAAAACAAAGAUGAAAAAGAAGCAGUUAAACAAAUUGAUAAGAAAGUGACUCAUUCAACUGACAUUUCAAAAAUAUCACCGUCAACUGGUUUACCUGAUACAAAGCGUAAAUUAGAAGUUUCCAUAGCUGAAGAUGUCACUGAUAAUGACUUGAAAGGAGGUGAUGAUAAACAACAACAACAACAACAGCAAUCAGAAUCCGAAGGAAAAUUUGUGACACUGGAUAGAAAUCGUAAUUUGAUUGACGAUCAAUCUAUAAUACAAGCCACUUCAAAAAUACCUCCAAAAUCUGUCAGACCUCGAAAACAUGACUCAUCAUCCUAUGUGUUUUCCACACCAUGCCUAAGUGUUAAUCGACCGUAUGAUGAAGAAACUGGCGGCGGCACUCCGAAAGCUUUACAAGAUGUCUACAAGAAGAAAAGUAGACAGUAUGUAAGAAAUCAAUUUCUACCAAAUCAAAGAUUACAACGUCCUGCUGCUUCAAGGCAACGUCAUCUUUCACAUAAUUUAACACCAAACAUUCCAACUAUUGAAGAAGAUCAAGUCUUGACCAAGUCUUGUGCUCAUGAUCAACUUCAUGCGCCUACAACACCAAAAGAAUUCAGUUCUGCAAUUACAUUGGCAAAUCUUUACAGAGAUAGACGAGGAAUGCCUUUAGAUCCAAAUUCAUUUAGUUCUGGUCUUAUUCCAGGUUCUGUUAUCAGCGGUUUAGCUACAUAUCCACAAAAGUUAGAAGUUUAUAAAGUUGAUUCAAAACCUGUACUGGUUGCAUUACCUCAUCAAUCAAUUACUGUUCAAGAUUAUUCACGUCCUCUUUACCGAAGUGAUAUAUUUUUCAGUGGAAAUCCAAUUCCAAAUAUAUCAAAUGACCAACAAUAUUCUCCAGCUAUUGGAAUAUCUUCAUCUGGAAUUUUUGCGAAAACAAAUCAACAAAAUUUAAAAGAUACCGAGAUGUGUAAUUCACGUUUAACAGUUCAAUGGAAUGAUACGCCUGCAGCCCCGAUUACUGGUACCACUACCACGACCAUUGCCAGUGCUCUUGGCAGUGGUCAUCAUCUCACUGAUACUGUUGAUUAUCGCCAGUCACAAUCUAACAGGAUGGAAUCAUUUCUUGUCUCAUUAACAAGUAUACCAUUCCCAAUUGAUGAUGAAAAUAGACGAGACGAUGCAGCAACAGCAGGAGGAAGAGGAGGAGAAGGAGAAGUAGGAAGCAUGCUAACUAAACAGCGUUUAGACGAAAAAUUGCAUAAAAGUAUCUCAGAUUAUGACAAUAGACUGCAAGGCCUAACUCGUGAUGAUGACGGUUAUGAAGGCGACGUCUAUGCUACUUCAGUGGCUACUGCUGUCGCUGCUGAUGACGAUGAUAAUGUUUGUUUCUCUGAGUGUUGUUUAACUGGUAUUCGUCGACUACGUGAUGGUCGUUUAUGCUCAUCAGCAUCAUGUUUACAAAGAUUGUAUAAUUGUUUCACAUGUUUCACUCAUAAACGAAAACGUGUCUAUAAACCUGUAAAUAAGGAAUUCACUGAUGGUGAUUAUGUUGAUGAUGAUAAAUAUGGUGCUACAACUGACACUAACGGUGAUGAAUUAAACAGUCUAAAUGAUGAUGAUGGUGGGUAUGAUGAUUAUGGGGAUGAUGAAUUACCAAAGUGUACUAAUCAAAGUGUACAGUGUAAAGCAUUCACCUUUAAACCUAUUAUUGAUGUAUUAAGUACAAUGUUAGAUUUAUCAUUGUUACGUGAACCAAAAUAUUUAAUAUUAUGGAUUUCUAAUUUAAUUGGUGUUCUAGGCCUGUAUGUACCAUUGAUCUACGUGAGUGAUUUUGCAUCUGUUUAUGGAAUAUCAAGUAAAUCAUCCUCUUAUCUUUUAUCAAUAAUGGGUGGAUCAAGUAUUGUUUCACGUUUACUUUUUGCCUGGAUAAGCGGUUUACCACAUGUUUCACCGUUAAUUGUACAAACAAUCGCACAAUUUUUACUUGGAGUGCUUGUUUGUGCAAUGCCUGUGUUGACAACAUUCACAAGUAUGGCUGUUGCUUUUGCAUUCUACGGUUUCUUAACUGGUGUUUUUUCAACACUCAGUACAAUAAUCCUAUAUAAUCUAGUUGGCAUGGAUCAGUUGACUACAGCUGUUGGCUUGAUCACAUUGAGUCGUGGUCUAUCCAGUGUAUUUGGACCUCCAUUAGCAGGUUUGUUAUUUGAAGCAACUCUUGGCUAUGAAAUUCCAUAUUUUGUAGCUGGUAUGUUUAUAAUCAUGUCUGCAUUACUUUUCCUAUUAAUUGCAUGCUACAAUCGGAUAGCCCAUGUACUCACUAAUCUCAUAUUAAGAUAUGACAAAGCGAAAACAUCGAAAUUGCAUUUAGAGCAACAAGAUGAAGAUGGUCCGUUAAAACAAAAACUAAACAAAGGUGAUGCAGAUGACGAUGAUGAUACCUGUUAA